AGAACAAGCUCAUAACACCUGCCAGCACUACUUUAAUGCAAAAUUGUAAUAUUGCCCGGAUUUGUCAUUCCGGAGUUUUCAGAUGAGGAUUUACUGGUAAAUGGAAACGUAAGAGAUUUCUAAAGCAUCACGUAAUUCCUAUUGACUAUAAUUUGAGGAAAACUUUUUGACAACUUGCGAAACCUGAACAAAGCAGCGAAGCCGAAUUAUAAGUUGCCUACAGAGAUACACAUUUCUACUUUUAGUUUGGAAGUCUAACGUUACUCAACGCCACGGAAUGUGAAAUCUAGUCUACUGUCCAUCGACAUCGCCAGCAGAGCCAACCUGCAUUUCAAGACUCCAAAGGUUAACACUGCUGUCAUUGCUAUGGAGACCACCCAAGCCCUCCUCCUCUUUCUACUGAGUUUCUGUGUCUACAGUUGCCAUGCCAAUGCACGGACUGCUCCCAGAGUGCAUUUGUCAUACAAAGAGCUGAUAGAGACGCGGACGGCGCGGCCUUUCUCCUUCUCCUUCAACACCAGUGACUACCGUAUCCUGCACAUGGACCAGGACCAGGGCCGUCUCUACCUGGGCAGCCGGGAGUACCUAGUGGCACUGGACAUGCACAACAUCAACAAGGAGCCCCUCAUAAUUCACUGGCCGGCCACUACCCAGAGGAAAGGAGAGUGUAGAAUGACUGGAAAGGGUGGGCAGGGGGAGUGUGCAAACUUUGUGCGUCUGAUCGAACCCUGGAAUCGCACACACCUGUACACCUGUGGCACAGGGGCCUACAAGCCCAUCUGCACCUUCAUCAACAGAGGAUGGAGAGCAGAGGAGUACCUGUUCAGGCUGGUCCCUGGCUAUGUGGACUCAGGGAAAGGGAAAUGUUCCUACGACCCGCUGCGGGAGAAUGCUGUGGCCCUUAUCAAUGGGAAUCUGUAUGCAGGGGUCCACGUUGACUUCAUGGGCACGGACCCGGCCAUCUUCAGAACCCUGGGAGACAGACCUGCCGUCAGGACUGAGCAAUAUGACUCCCGCUGGCUGAAUGAGCCUGUGUUUGUGAAGAUCCAGCAGAUUCCUGACAGCUCCGAGAGGAACGAUGAUAAGCUCUACUUCUUCUUUCGGGAGAAGAGCCUGGAUUCGGCUGGGGGGGGCAGCCCCAGUGUCCUGGCCAGGGUGGGCCGAGUAUGCCUGAAUGAUGAUGGGGGUCAGAGGUCACUUGUCAACAAGUGGACGACCUUCCUGAAGGCUCGGCUGGUGUGCUCAGUGAUAGGCAGUGAUGGUGUGGAGACCUAUUUCGAUGAGCUGAAGGAUGUCUUCAUUCAGCCAACACAAGACGAACGCAAUCCUGUCGUGUACGCUGUCUUUUCCACUGCGGGGUCUGUUUUUAAGGGCUCAGCCGUGUGUGUGUACUCUAUGUCCGACAUUCGCAAUGUCUUCAAUGGCCCCUUCUCACACAAGCAUGGACACAACUACCAGUGGACCCCCUACACUGGAAAGAUCCCCUACCCUCGCCCUGGAACGUGUCCAGGAGGAACGUUCACCCCGGGCCUCCGCUCCACCAAGGAGUUUUCGGAUGAGGCAGUGAACUUUGUGAGGGCACACCCCCUCAUGUACCACCCUGUCUACACAAUACACAAGCGCCCUCUGGUGGUCCGAACUGGAGUGGACUACCGAUUCACCUCCAUCGUGGUGGACCUGGUGGAUGCUGUGGACGGGAGGUAUGAGGUGCUCUUCUUGGGCACAGAUCGUGGGACAGUCCAAAAGGUGAUAGUACUUCCUAAAGACACUAGCACAACAGAAGAACUCACAUUAGAGGAAGUGGAAAUGUUCAGGACGCCAGCUCCUAUUAAGACUAUGAAGUUAUCAUCAAAAAGGCAACAGCUGUAUGUGUCGUCAGAGAGGGGGCUUACCCAGUUGUCCCUGCACAGGUGUAGCGUCUAUGGGAAGGCCUGUUCAGACUGCUGCCUGGCCAGAGACCCUUACUGUGCCUGGGACGGGGAGACAUGCGCCACCUUUAGCCCCUCCACCAAGAGGCGAAGCAGAAGACAGGAUAUUAAGCAUGGAAACCCCUUGCGGCAGUGCAGAGGGUUCAAUGCAAAAGUGGAGAAGCGUCUCAGUGAAACGGUGCAGUUUGGGGUGAAGGGGAGCAGUACGUUCCUGGAGUGCCAACCUAGAUCUCCACAAGCGACAGUCAAAUGGCUCUACCAGACACCAGACGGCAGGAGAAAAGUGCUGAGCCGAGACGGAGAGGUGCUGGAGACAGCUCAUGGCAUCUUGCUCAAGUCUCUGAGCUACGCUGACAGGGGGCUGUACCACUGCCUGGCCACUGAGAACAACUUCAAGCACACGGUGGUCCGCGUGGCCCUCCGCAUCCUGGACCGGGAGAUAGUGGAGGCCCUCACCUCCCUGGAUGCCCCGCAGGAGGACCAGAACCUCCAUCACCACCCCGACCACCCACCGCCCCAGCCUCAAACUCUGCCACUGCAGUUCUCCUCCCAGCCGGAGAUCCGCCUCAUCAACCAGUACUGUCAGUCCUACUGGCAGCAGUUCAACCCCAACCUUCCCACAAAACGCACCAACAGGAAGCAUGUCAAGAGCCAGCCAGAGCCAGCCCCAGGGGGUCCUAUCCCCUCCUAGACUCCUUCUCUCCCCUCUCCUUCACUGGUGCCCGGGCCAGGUCCAGGAGGGUCACAGUGGCCCUCCACACUGCAGAGUCACUCACUCAUGUUGUGAUGUUGAUGUUGUUAUGUGUAUUGUUCAUCCCAUUUCCAUUCAGGGUUAGUCUCCAUGGGCCCAAUUCUUACUUUAGAUCAGUGCACAAAGCUAUGUGCUUUCUUGUAAAUCCUCUAUUGAUGUCAUUGAGAGUUGAGGUCAAAUUGGAGUUAUACGCACAGAGGGUUUGGUCCUAAAAAUCUUCUGUUUAUUUAGCAAAUGAACUGCCCUAUUCAGUCCAAAUUAGUAACUAGUAACCUGAAUAUAAUCCCUGAUCCUAUAAACCUGGGUAUUAUCAAUGGGAGUGCUACUUAUGUUAUAGUAUGUCUCACUCAGUAUAAGCAGUUUUAGACACUGCAGAGGAUUGUUCGUGUACACAAGAGUUGUCUAGCAAGCACCAUGGUAGUUAGGCGAUAGGGAGACCCUAUCAUAUGAAUCAUUGUAAAACCAUACUUUUACAAUCCAUUUGUUCCCCUGAAUCCAACAUUUUCAAAAACCAGUGUUUCAAAAAUUAAUUUGAACUAAUUGAUGAAAAAUGGGCAAUUUUUGUAUUAUAUUAUGUGUAUUGUGUUUUCCAUUCGAAAUAUUGUAACAGUAGAAUCCUGCCUAUGUCAAAUCAGGAAGACUAAAGCUCAGUUUUUCAUCUGACAUUUAUUAAGAUUCGGAUAUAACAAUGAGGUGAUCAAUUUGAGCAAAUUUACAUUGUUUUGAUUGUGUUUCAAAAUGAUGUAUCACAGAAAAUGUGGAUAAUCAGAAACUCCUGCUUAAUUUGACCAAACGUAUUUGUUAGCAGGAAGAAACUGACCAAAUGAGUCUCUACUUCUUUUUAUUUGUUGUACUCUUUGGGUUUAUGCAUAUAUAUAUAUAUAUAUAUUUUCCCAAUACAACAUUUACUGGAUACAAAACCAUUAGCGUCAGCUAAAAAGCUAUCCAAGUCUCCGACCUUGUGUUUCUUUCUGCUCAGCACUUCAACAGUGUGUUAGGCAGAGACACUAUUUUGGACCAAACUGUUCCAUUCUCCAGCCAAGACUAUAGCGAGGGAUUUUUACAAAUGUACAUGUAAAUAGAGCAAGUUUGGUUUGGAACGAUUCAUUCCGAAAAAGAGAUUCAUUAGCUGUUGAUUAUUGCAGUGAGAAAAGAAAUGGAGACCGUACAGGAGUUUCCUAUUGCAUUGCUUCAAAAUGACAAUACAUAUUACCUCUUCUAUGGGAGCUACAUUACUUUUACACAGCCUGACACCUGAUAUGAACCUGAUCCAACAACAGAAACUGGACUGGAAGUCUCUUUACAGUUUGACUAUAUGACAUGGCCACACUGUAUUUCUUGUCUUCUAGAGAUGAGACAUGAUUAUUAUCCUCGCUAGCACUCACCUGGCUCUUAUCAACAAUGCUGCUUAGAGCUCCUUUUGCCUGAUUCAUGCUGUGGUCAUCUUAUGUCAUGUACUACGUGUGUACAGUGCGUUCAUAUGGACUUUUAGAUCUCACAGAGAUCUAUGCUAGGUUUGGACUUUUCAUGAAUCCAUUGCACUCCCUCUCACCCAUACCAUGAAACAUAUUUUGAGACUGUAGAUAUUCUUGUUCUGCACUUUGGUGGUGGGGGUGUGAGGGCUGGGAUGGGGAAGGGGAUAUUAUAAUUAUCAUGUGAUUUACAGGACCAGUAUUAACAGAAAGAGGAUUUGAGGAAAAAGAGGUAGACCUUUUUGGAAACUAAAAGUAGAAAGAUUAGAAUAAAUACAUUGUUAUGGACAGGAACGCUCCAACAGAUUACUCAACUCUGAAGCCAAAGAAUACUCUUAUUUGAAUGAAAAUGUGUUCUAUUGAACAUAUUUUGCACUAUAUUCACAUUGUUUGUGGCUUCACAUGGCUUCUUUGCCUUUUCUUAGCUAUAGAGUUUGAAUCCAGAAAUGUCUACCUCUCGUUUCUGGAAUAUAAUAUGUACCAAAACAAAAAUCACUCAAACAAAACAAAGUAACACUCGAUACCAUAUUCUUUCUAGAGCAGGUAAAAAUGUUUAUGUGAGCUGAUUCAUGAUGCCACAAGAGUGACAUGAGUAAAGAGUGACAUGGUCUAGGGCACUGCAUCGCAGCGCUAGCUGUGCCACCAGAGACUCUGGGUUCACGCCCAGGCUCUGUCACAGCCGGCCGUGACCGGGAGGUCCAUGGGGCGACG